UGAAUUUUUUUUUCUGUCCGGCGCAAGUCGCAGACCACAGGUGACGGUACCUUCUCAAAUAGAAACCCACAAAAAUAAAGUUUUAAAACCUGAAUUACGUCGCAUUAAUAUGUUUGGGGCUAUUAUUAAAAGUUUUAAAUAAAGGAUAGUACGAACGAAAGCACUUCCUAACAGGACCCUUAUUUUCAGUACGGUUGUGAAGAUGACGAGCAGAAAAAGCGAAUUAUUAGCCUUCUCCCUUGUUAAUGGCAUCAACCAAUCCCUGGCCAGACUUGUGGACAUCUGGGACAGCAUUGGAAUUCAGGAGGCUAUGAGAGUGGAGCGUAUGGAGGCAGUCAAGAAGCAUAUUGAACUUUUGCUAAAAGAUAUGAUUACAGAAGAGGAAAAUUUAAAAUCAAGAAUAGAGAAGAAUAUUAUCACUUAUAGGAAGGAGCUGGAUACAUUGUAUCAUGAGCUGACGAUAGAUCAUUAUCAGAUUGAUAAAAGUCUGACUGUCCUGCAGUUAGAAAAGGAUCUCAGAAUAAGAGUGGAGUCUUUGAUGAAAGAGAAAAAUGACCGUCUGAAAGAACUAAAAAGUCUCCAGGAAGAAGACAAGUCACUUUGUAUUGACUUGUGCGCCACACCUUAUUAUAUACCUACUGGCAGUGUACCCACACGCCAACAGUUGCUUGAGCUGCAAGAGCAUAUCAAGAAUCUUUCUGUAGAACGGGAGUGUAGAGUGAAAAUCUUUUCAGACUUACGGCAGCAAAUCCAUCAACUGAUGAAGGAAAUCGGACAUGAUCCUCAAACCACCUUAGAGAAAGAUGCAGUCUGUGAUGAUGCUGAAGCCUUUUUGCUAACAAAAGAAAAUAUUAGUGCCCUUCAACUUAUAGUCUGUCAGUUGGAAGUCAAGAAAGAUGAUCUUCUUUCUACAAAAGAAAAUUUGAAAAGUAAGGUUUAUAAUUUGUGGAGUCGACUUGAAUUUUCUGAAGAAGAAAUAAAGCAUUUUGAAGCUUCUCUAAAGAGUUCCCUGUCUGAAGAGAUUAAUGAGUGGCAACUUGAGCUAGAACGACUUGAAGAACUAAAGAGAGCCAAUAUGCAAGAGGUAAUUGAAAACAUCAGAAAAGAACUUUUGGAGUUCUGGGAUAAAUGUACAUUUAGCACUGAACAGCGAGAAUCAUUUGCGGCUUUCUCUGAUGGUAACUUUACUGAAGAGCUUUUGGUGAAGCAUGAGGAUGAGCUGAGUCGCCUUAAAAGUUACUAUGAGAAGUGCAAAUCUGUAUUUGAAGCUGUUGAACGAUGGGAACAGAACUGGAGACUGUUCCAAGAUUUUGAGAGGAAAGCAUCUGAUCCCAGCAGAUUUUCUAACAGAGGUGGCUCAUUGUUAAAGGAGAGUAAAGAAAGAACAAAAGUUCAGAAGAUGUUGCCAAAGCUAGAGGAAGAGAUUAAAAGCUUUAUAGACACAUGGGAAGCUGAACAGGGCACGGUGUUUCUUGUGAGAGGUCAAAGAUUUAUGGAUUAUGUGGCAAAACAGUGGGAGGACUACAAAUUACAAAAGGAAAAAGAAAAAAAUGAACGUAUGGUAAAGAAAGGAGACACUCCUGUCUUGAAAACUCCACCAGUGAAGAGACCAAAUGGAGGUCCUCUUACAAUGAGCACUCCCAACAAGAAUCGAAAGCUAAAUGGUACAAAUGAUGUUUCAGUCAUGCGAGCAACAGUUAAUGGUAUGACUACAAGCAGCAGUAGUAGCAGCAGUAGCACUGGAAGCACUUUCUACAGUAUAACAGGAAAGCCGCCCCUGUCUGCACAAAAGACGCCAUUUAGAAGUAGACUACCACCCAUUUCACAGCGAACACCAUUACAGGAAUUCAACAGUGACAAAAAGCAAUUUUCCAAGCCACCUGGCACAUAUGUGGAAUUUACAAAUACUGAUUGUGCAGAAAUUUUUGGUCAGAAAGAUCUUGUAAAAAAAUCAAGUGACAGUGAAGCCAUCUUGAACUCAACUACAAAAGACAUUCUUCAUUGACCGCUCCACUAUUGCAUUUUAUUGAGAUUAGCUUUUUUGCUUGGUUGUGUAACUGUUGAGAGCUGAACAAUUUUCUUGCACCUUUGUUUUUAUUUUUUUUAUUGCAACACCAAAAAUACAGUAGCAAUUUUAAAAUGUAUAUCUUUUUAUAAAAAAUGUAGCAUGAUAAUAUGUGUUGCUCAAUGUAGUCGAUUAUUGCUGUUCAGUGAUCUUUAAACAGCUUUUGUUUAAGUUGCCCAAAAUGAACAGCAAGUGGUUUUAAAUGUUUGAUCAGCAAAAGUUAAAAUAAAUAUUAGCUGGACUUUGCGAUUUGGAGGAAGCACAUUUUUUUUUUUUUACCCCAUGUGGGGAAAGAUCAUUUCAGCUGGAAUGGCCAACAAUGCAUUUGACUCCUUUUAUUUAUAUUUCCUGUUUCAUGUUUUGUCUGAAUAUUUGUUUUGUGUCUGCUUGUUUAAUAAAUUCACUAUACAAACAUUGAA